CUUUACGCAAGAAAAGCACCGCCGCGCCCUUUCUUGUUUGCGUAAUUUCGAUACUGAACCGAGUUUUAAAAACAACCCCUCGCUUCUUUCGUCCGGCUCCAAACACAUUUCAACCUUUUCCACGUCGCACCCCAGUCUGAACUUCUCUCUCCCUUAAACUUAUUUCGAAGCUCACCACUCUUGAUCGAAACAUUUACUUUCACUUCAAAUCUUCAACAAACCUUUCCGCCACAUUCUUCCCUCCUCUUUCUCUGAACAUCAGCUGAUCUUGUCUUUUACUGGAACAAAACCUCCACUCCCCCACUGAGAGUCAUGCCAGUGAGUGUGGAACAGUGGAGGGCAGCUGUAGGGGCAAUGGCUAGGUCUGCAGCUCCCAAGCCACGGAGCCCCAUUGGUCCGCACUGGAACAAGUGGCUGAAGGCCAGUGAUCCUGUGGCCUACAAAGGAUGUGUGUUUCUGUUGGUGACCAUAGCACAGCUUGUCCGGUCUGGUCUGGAGCAGGCGCAGGAGAAGACGGAAGAGAUGGUGAAGGAAGGCAGUGAGCGUGUCUGUCAGUCGGCUAGCAGGGGAAAGACUCGGGUGCGGACAAUGAGAGUGAGGCCCAGUGCUGUGCUGGCCACGUCACUUGUGUCUCAAUUCCUGAUCCUACUGUGUGGACACAUACUCCAACUCCACUAUCACGAUACCAGUGGAGCUGGCAGUGGUGAAUGGCGUUCCGGUUCAACCUCAGAGGAGGCAGUUGGCUCAGAUUGUGUGUGGACCAGAGCAGUGUUUGGUCCAGUACAAGUGUGCUCCAUGAUACUCCUACCACCUCUCACACAACUCUCACUCUCUGGGAAACAUCUCUGGCACCACAGCAACAAUUGCAAACCUUCGUCAGAUGAAAGGACAGAAAGAGUCAUCAAUGUCGUUCUUGAAACUGUCAAGGAACUGAUGAAGUGUGUCUGUGUUUGUGUGUGUGAGGCUCUGUUGUAUGUGGGACAGUCUCUGUCAUUGUGGAAGAGGUGUCUCCAGUGCUGGGCAUGGCUGGUGUACAGGAAGUGCAGCAAGAAGACAGUGGCAGAGGGUGUGGGCUACCUAAUGUCUCUGCUGUUCUCUAACAGAAAGAGGCCUGGUCUGAGUGAGGUGACAAUGAUAGUGUUUGUGAAUCAGAUGCUGCUCAUGAUGGCUGGAGAUGUGGAACGAAACCCUGGCCCUGAUACCCUAACCACGGAUGAUCUUGCAACACUAGUAAAUGAACUUCAUGAAUUCAGAGACAAGUGGUAUCAUCUCGGAGUGCAGUUGAACAUGAAGCCGUCGGAUCUUAAUGCCAUUCAAUCUCAGUACAUGAAAAAUCCUGAUGACUGUCUGCUGCAGAUGUUGUGUGCCUGGCUCUCGAAGAUUGAUCCCACCUGGCAGAAAGUGGUGGAUGCUCUCUCAUCUCCUGCCAUUGGGAAACAAAGUGCUGCAGAACGUCUUAAACAGGUUUAUUGCAAACCUAACCCAACACUUGCUCCAGAUUCCUCCAGAAAACCAUAUGAAACCCUGAAAGCAAAAAUAGUAAACUUGGAAAGGGCUUUUGCUAAAUUGCGUAUAGGUGUCUACAGACUAGUCAGGGAUGAACCAGUCGACAUCUUUAUAGCUGGUCUUUUAGCAAUGGAUGUGAAUGGACAAGAACACCACGUACCAAUUCUCACAGAAAUCACACAAGACAAGAAGACGGUCCUGGAAGUUUGGGUCAAGCUGAGUCCAUACUUAAACUUUCUGAACUACGAGAUCCUGCAGCACAUUCUAUUCAACUUCAGUGAUGACAAUCUCCAGAGGGAAAUGGGGGACUACGAGUCAGAAAUGGAGAAAUUCUUUGAGGAGACGAGACUGUGUGACUUCCUGGACUGCUGGCCUGUGAGAGGAAAGACUCCUCCAGUCGACCAACUCUGUGACUUUGUCGUCAAACACAAAAUGGACUGGAACACAUGUACGCUGCAUGAUCUGGACCUCCUGGAGAAGAGUCUGGCUAGAAAACUCUUUCUCCCAACGUUUGCAGUUCUCCUGAGAGAUGCGGGUCCAGGCUGUGUCAGUGUAACCUUCUCUGUACCUGCCUUAGUGGCUCCUCAGUUGCAGACAGUAAUCAAAGGAACUGAGCUGAAGGAGUUUGCAGACAUGGAGAUAGAGACCAUUACAGUGGAUGGUGUUGUCUGCUAUGAGGCUCCACUACUGAAGUACACCACGCUCUCAAAGCAGCUGUACACAUCCAGGAGUCCCCUCCAGCCUCUCCCUGACUCCAAACCAAAACCCCUGCUCCCAUUCCGUCUGGCCAGGAUUGAGAAACAGAGCCUCUCCACAUCAGACAUGGACAGGUUCACUAGAGAGAGCCUGCGAGGAGACAUGGACGACGUGGUCUACAAGAAGACGACCAUGGAGUUGAGUCAGCUGGGAGUGAUGGGGGCCAUGAUGGCUGGAGAUGUUGAACGAAACCCUGGCCCUGACACAUUAACUCUUGCAACUCUUGUGAACGAACUGCAUGAAGUGAGGGCCAAGUGGUAUGAUCUCGGAGUUCAACUGAGAAUGACAAAACCUGAUCUUGAUGCUAUUCGGAGUCAGUACCAGAAGAAUCCCGACACUUGCUUACGACAAAUGUUAUCAGACUGGCUUAUCAAAGAAGUUCCCUCUCCUCCCACCUGGCAGAGAGUGGUGGAUGCUCUCUCCUCUCCUGCCGUAGACAGACCAGCUGUAGCUCAACGUGUCAGACAGACCUACUUGAGUCAGGACCCUGCCACUGAUCCUGUGGACAAGCAACGCUUCCUCACCACAGAAGAAAUAGAGUCUCGAAUGGAAGAACUUGAGAAUGAGUUUGAAGCACUGAAAGAUGAUGUGUACGAGUCAGUCAAGACACAGCCAGUGGAUGUCUUCAAAGUCAAACUGACGUCAUUCAAGAUCAGGGACAAGGAAUGCCACAUGGACUACAUGAAGAAGAUGAUUCGCAAAAAGAUGACAGUCACAGACAUUUGGGUGGAGCUGAAACGAGUACUUCAACUUCCUCAAUCACACGAUUCUGCAACACAUUUUGACCAAAUUCAAGAACAGAGCCCUGCAAAUAAGAAUGGAUAAAUACAGUGACAAAUUAUACGCUUUCUUCAGGCAAACCCGACUUUGUGAUUUCGUUCAGUGCUGGCCAAUGAUACAACAAGAUCCUCCAGCAAAAGAACUCAAAGAAUUUGUAGUAAAGAGUCACAAGGACUGGGAGACAUGCACACUAGCUGAUCUGGACAACUUGAAGGGAAAACUGGCUACAAAACUGCUACUUCCAAACUUCGCAUUGUUCCUCACAAAAGCAAGCAAAGGAUGUUUGGAAAUGACGUUCUCAAUUCCGCCUUCCCUAGUGGAAUAUUUGAAGGAUGUUGUAAGGGAAACUGAGCUGAAGGAGUUUGCAGACAUGGAGAUAGAGACCAUUACAGUGGAUGGUGUAGUCUGCUAUGAGGCUCCACUACUGCAGUACACCACUCUCUUGAAGCAGCUGUACACAUCCAGGAGCCCCCUCACGCCUCUCUCUGACUCCAAACCCAAACCCCUGCUCCCAUUCCGUCUGGCCAGGAUUGAGAAACAGAGCCUCUCCCCAUCAGACAUGGACAGGUUCACUAGAGAGAGCCUGCGAGGAGACAUGGACGACGUGGUCUACAAGAAGACGGCCAUGGAGUUGAGUCAGCUGGGAGUGAUGGGGGACGGCUCUCGGCCACAGGUGGUCCUGAUAGAAGGGGCUCCGGGAGUCGGCAAGACCACGUUUGCCUGGCACCAGUGUCGGCAGUGGGCAGAGGGCAAGCUGCUGCAGGCCUACUCCAUUGUGCUAUUGCUGCCCCUCAGAGACAGCAACAUCAGACAAAUCAGCUCCCUCCCCGGCCUCUUCCGACACAGCAGAGGACAAGUGAGAGAGGAAGUGAGCAGAAGAGUUGCAGCGAGUGGUGGUGCAGGAUGUCUGAUUUGGCUUGAGGCCUGGGACGAGUUGCCUGGUGAUCUGAGGUCAGACUCUCUCUUUACUGAACUGAUCCGAGGCAUCCAGCUACCUGCUGCCACCAUCUUCAUCACAAGCCGACCAUGGGCCACUGGAGGUCUGCUUAAGACAGUGGGAGACAGACUAUCACAGCACACGGAGCUACUGGCACUGGCAAAGGAGGAAGUUGAGAAUGAAAUCACAGCAAUGAUUGUUGCCAUCCAAUCUCAGACAAGCUCUGAUUCGGGAUUCGACUUUUCGGAGUUCAUUGAGUCCAAUCCCGUGAUACGUGCAGCCAUGUACACCCCAGUCAGUGCAGCCAUUGUAGAACAAGUGUUCAAGUCUACCCCACACAAUCCUCCGACCACCGUCACUGGACUCUACUCUGCCUUCGUCCUCAUGAGACUGGAACAACACCUCUCAGACCACCUGGAGUACUGCCACAUGAACAUCAAAGUGAAGACACUGGCCGAUCUACCAGAGAGAGUGCUUGGGGACUUGCAG